UUUAAAAAGUGAACUUAAAAAACAUAAAAAUGUCAAAUUUAAAUAAAAACUAUCUCCAAAAAAAAUUCAACGACAACAUAUACAAAGAAUCAAUAACCACACUGACAAAUUCAAGUGACGAAAUAAUAAAACUCGAGAGACAAUUCCGCAAUGCGUACAUGUUAAAAUCAUUAGAGGCGCAAAUGGCUGAGAAAGAGGCAAAUAAAAUUGCCCAAUCAGUGCAAGAUAAAUUACAAAUAGAUUUAAUUGCUUACGAGAAUAGAAAAGCGAUUGAGAAUGAUCUUAAGAAAGCGAGCCAGAUUAAAAAAGAUCGUCAAGAGUGCGUUGAAUAUUUGCGCAAACAAAUUCUCCUUAGAGAAGAAAUGGCCUUGGCUGAAGAAGAACGCUUGAAGGAGGAGCGAAGAAAAUUGGAAGACGCUGAUGAGGAAGUCGAGAGGAUGGAGGAGGUUCAGAAGAGGGAAAAGCGGGAGUUUUUGGCGCGAAAAUUUAAAUAUGAGAAGCAAAUUAGGGAAGAAAUUCGGGAAAUUUUGGAGGUUAAGCAGCAGGAAGAGGAAGCGGAGGCGCGGGAAAGAGAUCGAAUUUAUCAGGAGAAUCUUAAUUUGAGGGUCAAAGAGUGGAAGGAGGUUUUGGAAGAUAAAAAGAAUGCACGCGAAGAAAUGAUCCGUAAAGUUUGCGAGCUUCUAGAGGGAAGAAUUAUUGAUAAAAGCCAGGAAUUGAAGAGGGAAGAAAUUAUUUGCGAAUUAAUGGCUGAAGAUAUUAAGCGGGAGUUGAUUGUUAAGGAGUAUGAAGAUUUAUUGCUAAAGAGGGAGAAGAAAGCUAAGCUUAGCAAGGAUCUCAAGGCUCAGGUUCUUCUAAAUGUCCAGCUAGAAGACCAAGCGAUUAAAAGAGAGACUCUGCUCGCGGAGCAGGUUAUCAAGAGAGUUAUGGAAGAGGAUUAUCUGGCGAGACUCACUGAUCAAGCACGAAAGCGUAAACAGCGACAGUAUAAAGAAGAUUUAGAGAAGUUUAUUGAGGACGCAAGGAGAAUACGAAGAGAAAUUGUGAUAAGGGCUCAAGAAGAAUUUGAAUCAGCGGUGAGGGUUCAGAGGGAAUUGAGUCAGAAGAAAAUUGAGGAUCAUCAUAGGAGAUUGAUUGACCGGCAUGCUCUUAAUGUUGCCGCUUAUCUCAGAAAUGGAAUUUUGGGCAGGGAGAUUAGGGAAUAUAUGAAUUAAAUUGAUAUUUAUUGUGAAAUAAUACCGGAUAGUUUGUUUUUAUUUGGAAAAGUUUGUUGUUCUUAUAAGUGAAUUAAUUUUAAUUU